AUGCUCUUUUUCGCCCUCGUCUUGAUCCUCUGGCACCUGCGGGGCUUCAGAUUCCUCUCAGUCUUCUACUGGUUUCCGCCUGACGAGGAGGAUUACGAAACCCCCCCCGGGACCACCUGGGUGGAGCUGGUAGCUCUCUCUAUCCUACUCCUCGGCGCUGCUGCUGCUCUGCGCUCCGCCUUCCCCCGUUUCUUUGAUCGCCUGGCGCUGCUGCUGCACACCGCGUUGGGAAUCGGGUCUGGGCUGGGCCGAGGGGGCGGGGGAGGGGGAGGCGGAGGCGGAGGGGGGAGUAUCCUCCCUUCCUGGGCGCAUUACUUGCCGUUUGGGGGGCUGGGUGGGGGAGGGGGAGGGGGAGGGGCAGCAGCGGCGGCGGCGGCAGCAGCCGGAGCAGGAAUGGGGUAUGCGUCUGGCCCUCGGCCGUUCAGGCUAAGAGGGACAGGAGGAACAGGGAACUACUCUGCUCUGGAUAAGAAGUUUGCGUCUAGUGGGGGCGGAAGCUGGGAAUAUCUAGGGUACAAUCGUAGUGGCAGGGGGGGAGGGAGAGGGAUCAGUAAUAAUGGUAAUGGUGGUGGUGGUGGUGAUGAUGGUGGUGGUGGCACUGGUGCUGCCGGUGAGAGGGAGAGAGAUAGGGAGAGGGACCGGGAGGGUGGUUCGGAUAGCGGGGGAGGAGAGGGGUCUUCCACAGCAGCUGCCGGACCUGCCGGUGCGGCGGGUCUUUCGUCUCGUAGCGCCUCCCGAGCGGCAUCUGGGUGCGGGAUCCACGUGUAUGCCAACGGGGACCGGUACGAAGGAGAAUUUUACCAGGGCAGAUGCUCGGGCAGCGGAGUGUACAUUUUUUCGGGCAGCGGGCGGUAUGAAGGCGACUGGGUGGACGGAAAAUACGAUGGGUAUGGGAUUGAGACUUGGUCGCGGGGGAGUCGGUAUCGCGGGCAGUACAGGAAGGGGCUGAGGGAGGGGUAUGGGGUGUAUAGGUUUUAUACCGGGGAUGUGUUUGCGGGGAUGUGGGCGAAAGGGCAGAGCCAUGGGGUGGGAGUGCAGACGUGCGGCGAUGGCAGCAAGUAUGUGGGCGAGUUUGCAUGGGGCGCCAAGCAUGGAUUCGGCAAGUACACCUUCAGUACGAGGGCAAAAGACACUCCCCUCUUCUCCCUCUUCACCAACCAACCUUCCCCUCACCACCAGGAACGGCAACACCUAGGCGGGGAAGAAUACUCUGCAGACUGCAUGCAUGGGUACGGCGUGUACGAGUUUAGCAACCCUCCCAACGGGCACCGGUCCGAAACCAUCCUCUCUUCUCCCAUUCACCCACCCCUCCCAACCACGAACGGCGACACAUACUCAGGAGAGUACUUCGCUGACCGCAUCCAUGGGUACGGCGUGUACGAGUUCAGCAAUGGGCAUCGGUACGAGGAACGGCGACACGUACGCAGGGGAGUACUUUGCCGACCGCAUGCACGGGUACGGGGUUAUGAGUUCAGCAACGGGCACCGGUACGAGGGCGCGUGGCACGAGGGGCGCAAGCAGGGCCUGGGCAUGUACACCUUCCGCAACGGCGACAUGCGCGCCGGCUACUGGCACCUCGGCGCCCUCGAGACCCGCAGCACCAACACCCUCCCGGCCUCGCCCACUGGGAGUGGGCCGGGUGGAGGGACGCUGGGGGGUGGAGCUGGUGCGGGGGUUGGGGGUGGUGGGAGUGUUGGGGUUGGGGGUGCGGGCGGGGUGGGUGGUGGUGGUGGGGAGAGUGGGACCGGGGGAGCGGCUGGUGCGUUGGGUG